GAAUGACCACUUGCUCCUGUGUUUUGGGAGAGGAGGCUUCUUUAGCGGCAAGAUGUUGCUCAACCGUUAAGGGGGGUUUGCUCGCCACUAAAAUUCCCUCCGCCGUCAGAUGUGGCUGGCCACUGGCUGCCCGUCGCAAAACGACAAAGAAACCCGCCGACUCGCCGUGUGUGUGGAGGGAGAUGGCCGACGACUUGUCCAAAGGAAAAAAAAAAAAAAAGAUGAAACUGCACCCAAAAACGAACUGACGGCCGUUUCCUUUUCACCACGCGCACACAAAGCUUGAACGAUCGCUCGCCUUUUUUUUUUUUGGAACAGAUUAGAAGGGCGCUUUCUUUGUUGGAGAGGUGGAGGGGGGGCAAACAUCCUCCUCCCCCAAACUCUUCUGUUUUUGUUGGAACUUUGAACGCCCACCGUUUUAAAACGUUUUCCUUUUCGUUUUCAACGUAUCUUUUGCUAUAUAUAUUUCCGUCAUCUUGUUUGGACGUCGCCCUCGUUUGUUUGGGCUUUGUUCAUCAUUUGUGUCUCCACGUCACCCAACAUCCUUUGGCCCCUUGGAGAGAUCAUCCAUAUUUGUAACAAUCCAGUCUUGAUUUGACGGUGUUUGUGAAAUCAUGACGACUCGUCCAUCUCAAGACGAUUUUGGUGAGCGGCCGGCAAAGCGUAGGUUCUCCGUGGACAUCCCAGAUACCUUUUCGCACUUGAUCGCGACUCCACAACAAUCCACUCCCGCCCUCGACGCCUUUGACGAGGAUCCUUUCAAAGAUUUCACUGACGACAGCUACGGUAUGAUAACCGAAGGCGAAACAUCCGACGAUGGCCAGAAAGAGCAAAGUCUCAAGCGACCAUCGAUCGAUGAAGGUAUGCCAAAAUCCGAGUCUUACAAUGGUAACUUGGCCAAUGGCACCGCACCACCAAAAAAGCGCUCACGAGCGACACCCGAACAACUCGCCAUCCUCGAAGAAACCUUCCUCACCAACACAUCACCAAACGCCAAACUCCGAGAGAUUCUUGCGACUAAAGUAAACAUGACGGAGCGAUCCAUUCAAAUCUGGUUCCAGAAUCGUCGCGCAAAGGUGAAGCUCAUGCAGAAGCGGGCUGCGCAACAAGCUGCCCAGGAGCAGGCAAUGCGCACCCAGACAUACCUAGCAGCCGCUUAUGGUAUGCGACCUCCAUUUUAUCCUACCUUUCCCAUGCCGUACGGCGCUUACGGACAGAUGCCACCAAAGAUGCCACCAAUCGGGCGUUCAAACAGUGUCGACUUUGCAAUAGGAAUGGGAAUGGGCGUGGGAAUGAACAUGGGAAUGGGAAUGGGGAUGGGAGUCCCAAAUGGUGUACCGCCACCAGCAAUGAUGACUAUGAAUGGAGGCAAGGCGAUGAGCUUGCAACAUGGCUCGCCAGCUCCACCGCCCUCCAAUAACAUGGAACGAGUUACGAUGCCAUUCACAGCUGAAUCGCUUGCUAUCGGUACUUGGCGCCGAGUUCCCAUCACAACAAACGAUCUCAUUUGCACGUUCAACACCGUGGAACGUGUCAUGAGAUGGCAGAUUGUUGAAGGAACAUCAAAGUUCAAGAUGGAAUUUCCCUUUGCAUCCAUUGCCGCAAUCUCAUUUGAUCAACUCGACGCUUUCACUGGGCAAAUGACCAUUGACCUCAACCAAUGUCCCAUGUUCUUUAUGGAAAUGUCCAUCAGUGGAGGCUCAGUCUGGACGCAGUGCCGCGACUUUACCGAAAACACACAGGCAACCUGUGUGCUGAGGCACGUCAUCAAAGGACAAUUGCAAGCACUCCGCGGCGAGUUACUCCUCAUUUGCCAGUCGGAUGUGCAUGUGCACCGUGCGACGCAAAUGAAUGCCCCAGCGGGCACCGGAUCCACGGGCAAUGUGGGCAACGUGGGCAACAUGGGCACUGGAAUCAUUCCUCUCUCGGCAGCUGCGGCAUCCUCAGCGGCCGCCAGUAUGCCUCAGUUUGCCAGACGGCACUCGACGCCAAAUCUGAUUGCCAACAACCAGCGCAAACGCCAAAACUCUUUUCACGAAUCCCUUCGUCGUCGGCCGACUGUUGUGACAUCCAUGAACACACCCAGCGGUCUCACGCGAAUGAACGGUUCACCCAUCCUCGACUCGGCCUCCAUUUCUGGUUCCCCUCGCAUGAGCACCACCUCCGGAGACAUGAUCACUCCCCCCGUGACUCCACCCCCAUCGAUAGCGACACUUUCCCGCCGUCACUCUCUCCUUUCCUCGCCUGCCCACUCUGAAGAUUCCUUAAACAUCAACACCAACCCACAACAAGCUGUAUUUCAAACACCAUCGCCACCUGAACUCUUGUCUGACAUGUCGUACAUUUCGAUCAGCGGGGGAGACCCAACGUCAUCCCAACAGUCGUUUUCUUAUAAUGGACCGAUUGUAGAGUCCUUCAUGGAUACCCUUACUGGCGAAAUGAGUAGCGUCAAUAAUGGAGGUGCAGGUGGAAAUAUGGUCACGGUUUAAGGAAACACACCUUGCAAAUGGCUUGUUUUUUGCAUAGAGAGGAAAUUUGUAUAUAGUAACAUAUUCUUUUACCCAGUCUGCCUGCUGUUCAAGUAGCUAGGCUUGGGUCGUUCCCUUUGUGCGUCAUUCGGCUCAUGAUUGGGAAUUGGUUUACAUAGUGUAUGUUUUUUUUGCUUUGUACUUUUUUUUACCAUUUUCUUACAAUGCUAGCAACAAACUACAGUCUGAAUAAAGAAAAAGCUAAUAGAAACCAUUAUCGUGCUCCCUUUGUUAUUUCGAAUCUAAUCUUGUGCUAUAUAUGUCC